UUUAUUUGAUGUCUUUGUUUCAUUCCGUUGUUAGUAUCUGUGGUUAAAGUAGCCAGGGCUACGAAUGGUUUGUUAGAUACUUGGAUAGCUUUCACAUGCUAACCACUAUUUAUGUCUGCAUACAAAGGUCAAGACAUUUGCAGCCGACACUUAACAUUGUGUGUCACUAUGGCGGAAGAAAAACCAAUCUACGAGAUCAGGUUUGACGCGGCAGUAAAAGUAAUCCAGAGUUUGCCCCGUAAUGGCCCCUUUCAACCAUCAAAUGAGAUGAUGCUGAAAUUCUACAGUUACUAUAAGCAGGCUACUCAAGGGCCAUGCACAACUCCUAGACCUGGCUUCUGGGAUCCUGUGGGCAAAGUUAAAUGGGAUGCUUGGAAUUCUCUGGGAGACAUGUCAAAGGAGAAGGCAAUGAUUGCGUAUGUUGAUGAAAUGAAGCUGAUUCUGGAAACCAUCCCAGUGACAGAGCAAGUAAUGGAGCUGCUGGGCGUUCUGGGACCGUUCUACGACGUGGUGGAGAACAGAGUGGAGGAGAUUAAGGAAGCCUGUGAGGAGCCUGACCAGACAAGCGGCUUUGGAAAUGCCAUAACACCACCAUCAAAGAAUGGCCCCAAAAACAUUGAAAGCGAUGGAAAGGCGAAGGACAGCGAGGACGUCAGCAACACGAGUGUUGAUUCCGGGGGCAGCGAAGAGGAGGAGGAGAAGGAGGAUGAUGAUGAGGAGGAUGAUGAUGAUAAAGAAAUGGAGGAAGAAAAGGAGAUUUUGACGGAGAGGCUCAAGGUUGAGGAGUCGAUGGUGAAGUCCCAGGUUGUGCUGUCCAAUGGGAACGUGGAGCACAGCGUGUCGUCACUGACCAACGGCACGCACAGCUCCCUGAGCAGCGACUUCACGGAGGACGACCUGCAGUGCAUUCUGGAACCUGCGGUCCAGCUCUGCGAUACCAAUGGCCCGCUCAGCGAUCACAGUGAGGAGGUGACUGGUCUGCUGCAGCUUGCCAGCGAUUCGGAUGGGGAGGUGUACUGCGACUCCAUGGAGCAGUUUGGGCUGGAGGAGGGCUCUGUGGUGCUCGUUAACCACUCUCUGGAGACGGGCGAGGUGACCCACCCAUCCUCAGUGGCGCAGGGGAUUCCGGGAGAGGCGUGCAGGACGGACGAUCCCCAGGGGGGAGACGGCGGUGUCCAGGACGGCGGCGAAGACUGGGCGUCUGGCGGACCCACGGCCCAGAGGGGGAGACUGAGCACAGGCGAACACAACACCUCCUUGGUCAGGAGAGGAAGGGGUUCCAGGCUGUCUGGGUCGGGCUCUGGCGUGGGGCCCCCGGUCAGCCUGCUGGGCGGAGGGGGUGACGGAGAGCGCCGGGGGUCGGAGGGCGGGGUCGAGGGCACCCUGAACGAGCAGAUCGCCACGGCGCUGGCGCGGCUGCAGGAGGACAUGCAGAGCGUGCUGCAGAGGCUGCAGACGCUGGAAGCUCUGACUGCAUCGCAGACGAGGUCGUUAUCGCUGCAGCAGAAUUAUGCGCCGCUUCCAGGUACCAAGAAGCCGCCCUGGUGGCCUUUCGAUGUCCCCCCUGGCGCAGUGGCCUUCGCCGUGGUUUGGCCCUUCGUGGUGCACUGGCUGGUAUGGCUCUACUUCCAGCGACGGAGAAGGAAGAUGAACUGAAAACCGGGUGUCCCUACCGUAUGAGCCGCCAGUUCAACGAGAGGGUUUGAUGUCUCUUGUUCUAACAUGGGCAUUACUGUACUGCACCUCUUUCGCAUUUCUCUACUGUAUCUCUAUGCUUUUGCACUACAACGAUGGCGCUACUAGUAAGUUGUACCUUAUCAGCCUCUGCCAGUACCCAGUGUGGUAUCAAAGAAAAUUGUGAAUGCAAGGUAAACUUAUAAUCAUGCAAGCUCAUUUUUUAACACUGACCGGUGAUUCUGGUCAUUAUCACUUUGAGAAAUGGGUAGCAUUUAACCUGUGAAAGCCAGAAGUAGCUCUGUACGAAUGAGGGGAGUGUGGUUUAAUUGUAGUAAACCAUUGUGCAUCUCCCUAGAUUUAAAUUCCACCUGUACUUCCUUUGAGGCAUGCAAUUACCAGUUUGUAUCCUACUCUGUAAUGCUUUUUUCUACUGCAAUGACAACCAUGCACAAUCCUCUUGAGUUGCGCUCAUAUUGCAGCUAAAUUUAUCAUGAUAUAUCUGCAGAAUGUAGUUAAUUUUUUAUCGAGUUGCAUUUUUUAUCUAAUUAUUGUGUUGAUUUAAUAUAUUGUUGCUUAUUAUGACACAGGGAUGGGGUUAUACUGGUAAACUGCACUAAACCAUAAGCUAGUCCUUUGAACAGGGUGUACUUAAAGUCAGAGGAAGGCUUGAAGAUAAAUCUGUGGUACUGUGGGAAUGAAAGGAAUGAGAAAGCUGAAGGUUAGAUGGAAAAAAUGGCAGCAGAAUUCAGUGUCAGAGCAUAUGCUUGCUCUGAGAUAAAUAUUCUUAUCUGUGCACAAUGCUCCUUUGGGCUUCAAGUAACAAAAGUAUUUGUUUAUUUUAAAUUGUACAAUUUCAGAGACUUAAAAAUGAAUGCUUGCUUAAAUUGGUUAUAUACAUGGAAGUAUAUUUGAGUUUGGUUAAAUCUCAGCAUCAUAAAACUGAAGCUAGAAAGCCUUGUAGUGAAUGUCAGCCAUUUGCCAGCAUUAGCAUGGUCAGGCUUGGAUAACCACUUCAAGAUCAAUGACAAGGGUAGAUCCUUGCAUUUGUAGUAGUAAUUUGCAAAAAAAAAUUAAAUGCCAAAACAAUUGUAUAAUUCCUUGAGAGAAACUUAAAUAAAUAUGAAUUAUUUUCUUAUCUGAAACGAUUCAUAUGUCAGGAUUUCCCUUUGUGAGAAGACUAAAUGAAAUCAUUUUUCAGUGUCAGACAAAGCAGGAGGGGGAGGAAUAAUCAAAUUUAAAGGCCAGUUAGAGCAGUCAAGGAGUCCUUCUAGUUUUCUUGCAUCCUAUAGAUCCUUUAUAAUGCUCCCAUUUAUAAUCUAUUCUAGAUCUAGUGAUUGUGGUAGUGACUGGGAAGAAAAUGCUGCAUUUCUCUCUUGUGCCUUGUUCCAAUACAGUAAAGAGAGAGAGGGAGAGACAUGUUUUCCUCUGUAGCUGCUGAAUUGUUUUAUAAAGAGGCUUUUGCUAUGAGCUGGCUUGCAAUGUAAUUCUGCAAAAAAUAUUCAUGGAAGGCUGACUCAAGUUUAUUUAGAUUAAAUCACUUCUGAGAGUCCUCCUAAGGCCAAAUUCGCCAUAAUUUAGUGAUAUUGGAAAUCCUUUGAUUUUUAUAGAGUGGACUCUUCAGUGGGCUUAAACUGAACCAAAUUACCAUUUAGGAGCCUCCAUACCAAGCCCUGAGAGUGACUCUCAUCAGAAGUGUUUCUUCAAAGGGGCCCAUCUAGGCACAUGUCUACUGACAAUUUGUCCAUAUGCAAACUACUACUACUACACAAGUUGGCUUAAUCCAGUCAGAGAUGAGAAACAAUGGUAGAUUGAAGAAGCCACCAAGCCUUUAUUUAAAAUUUUAAAUCCCUGUGGGAUCAACCCAAAAAGAAUAAGCAGGGUCUGGGUCAACGUCCAGUUAACUGACUUUCUUUUCGGUGGUGUACAGUAGAGCCAAUGCACUGCGGUCCACAAGGCCCAGAAUGGCAUUUAUUUUUUAAGUUGCUCAUGUAUACCUAAAUCACUUGUCACAUGACUGCUUAUUCAGCUGAAGACUCAACCAUAGUUAGAAAUCCGCACCUGUUUUGGGCCCUAAAAGAUGGGAAUUAUCCAAGAAUGUUGGUCAGUUUUAUUCAGCAUCAUCCAUGUUGUAUUACAUAGCUUUAAAAAAAGUAUUCAUAAAGCAUUUUUGAUUCUAUAACAACGGGGCAGAAUUGGAAAGCACCAUUUGAACAGUAAUCUGUAGUAAGACUGUCAAACGUAUGAAUUGUCUUUGUUAUACUGUUUGAACUGAUUUUAAGAUUUAUGGUUGCAAUACUUUUUAAAUGUAUUUUUUUCCUAAUUCUCUUUAGGUGUAAAUUAUGUUCAAUAAUGUUAAUAGCUGUACAGAUCAGAUUAUUUAAAAAGGAGGAUAAAAGUGCAAUAUUUUAAUUGCAUUCUACUUUAUUGACAUAGAGUAUAAAGACCUAUAUGCAUUUAAACUGUAACAAGGCUGCAUCGGCAAUAGAACUAAUUGUAGAGUUCUAGUCGCCUCUGACAAUGCAUACUGCGUUUCUUUGUAAAUGAAACUAACCUGGUCCUCCUAUCCUCUGCCUUCAACAGGCAGGUGUUUAGCAUGACAAUUAAUACUGUCAAGGCAUGAAUAAAAUUUUCAUAAAACUUU